UGAAACAAAAAUAGAAGAGCUGUCUAGGACUGUUGAGACUUGGAAGUCUAAAGCAGAGUCAUUUGAAUCACAAUUAAGCGUCAUCUCCACAAAGCAUGAUGAAUUACAAAAUGAACACAGCAAAGUUGUCGAAGAGAUGAUUAGCGUUAAUCGUCAGCAUAACGAUGCCGUUGAUCAAGCCCUCAAUCGUGCUGCUUGUUAUUACCAAGAGAUGGCAAAAAGGACGGCAGUAGAACAUGAAAAUGAUAUUCGCAAACGAGACUGUAAAAUUCGUGAAGCU